UCUGUGUACUAAUGACAUGACAGCUACAAAAUAGCAAGUAGAUAUGUUUAAGAAAAUUAUAUGCAUAGACCUAAGAUUUUGAGUAACAUUGUAGAUUAGGCAGACAAGGAAGUUCUAAAUUGAGGGUGACGAAAUUUUUAACGAACUUUCAGAGCAAGUAGUUAAUGAGUAACUCAUUUUGGUAGAAUACCAAAAGACAUGAAAAUUGCAUUUCAGUGCUAGAUUUCAGUUAGAAAAGAAAGUAUUCCAAGUGUUAGAGAAGAUUUUCUCAUCAAAUUUAAUGGACUUCCCACUCCAUCCCAUUCUCCAGCUCCUCGUGCUUCCCAUCUUGGUACAAGGAUCAGGUACUCCACACAGGAUAAAGCACAAAAAUAAGGAGACAGCUGUAUUAGGAGGAAAUGUGACAAUUUUCUGCAAUCUAACAACUCCAGCAGAUGUCGUACAAAUUACCUGGCAAAAGGUCCAAGAUUCUUUGCCACAAAAUAUUGGCACAUAUAGCAGUAAAUAUGGAGAAAAGAUUCUUCCACCAUACAUAGAUCGACUGCACUGCAAGGUCAUCGAACCCAAUUCCUCAUUCAUCACUAUUCGCAAAGUGACAUUUGAAGAUGAAGCCUGCUACAAAUGUCUAUUUAAUGUGUUCCCUCAUGGAAGUCAGGAAGGACAAAUCUGCCUUACCAUUAUAACUGUAUCUGAAUUAAAAUCUGAACUACAGUUCAAUCUUGGCUCUGAAGAUUUUCUUAGAUAUACUUACUCAGCUGUGGGAAAGCCUGUUCCUCAAAUAUCUCUCUUUCCAUCACAAGUCUUAAUUAAUCCACCAAAAGAAUACCUUGCACAGAACGCAGAUGGCACGGUGACUAUCACUAAAAUGUACAACGUCUCCUUGGAGACUGUGAGAUCCCUGGGACUCCAACACCUGAUUGUGCACAUGGAUCAUCCUCUAAGGAAUGAAGAGAAGAUUGUCCCUUUGUCUUUCACACAAGAAUGUACUUCUGGCUUUCCCUAUAUGUGGCUGGCUACAGUUUUACUUGUAAUUUUUCUCUGUAUUAUCAUUCUUUAUAUUGUUCGGAGAAAGAAAAAAUGGAAAGGAAGAAAGAGAGAGAAAAACAUGGAUGUGAGAGAGAAACAUCGAUCAACUGCCUUCUGCAUGUGCUGCAUUCAGGGAUCAAACCCAUAACCUGUGCAUAUGCCUCCACCAGGAUUGAACAAAGGAUCUUUAAGUUCAUGAGAUGAUGCUAAACCAACUGAACUACACCAUCCAGGGCUUGAAAUUAAGAUUUUAGUUAAAAAUUUUGAAAUUAA